AUUGGGGUUCACAAUUCAGUGCAGCCAACCAAAGCCUCAAGCUGUCCUCAAGGCUCUGGAUACUGGAUGCUCGUCGACACUUGAACUUGCGACCGUCAGCUCCAACUUCAACAACCUCCCAGUUGGACGACAACAAGGGCUUCAAGGCAUCUCCCCUCCCUUCGACCUCCCCUCAUUCGUUCGCUUCUUUUCUGCUUUGCCUAGCCUUGCAUUGCCUUGUCCAUCUAGCUCUUGCUUCUCUUCACUACUUACUACCCUUUCAACAUCCCGCUGCCGCCCGUCACCAUGGCACCCACCCUUCCCUAUCGCGACAUCAACGUCAAGGUCGCCCCCGACUCUUACGUCUUCACUUCUCCCUCCUCGCCUGAUGCUCCUGCCUUGGUCAUUGACAGACCGACCGGAGACCUUCGUCUUGGAGAUGCAGGCCUGGGCAAGAGAGUAUCCCGGCAAUCAAGCAUCGCCGGAAUUCUGGGCAUAGUCCAACUCAGACUUGACAAGUAUGUCAUCAUAAUCAACAAGGCCCAGCCUGUCGGCCGCCUCAAGGGCCACAUGGUCUACAAAGUCGUCAGCACCGAGAUCCUUCCCAUGCGCGAGCGCCAGAUCCGAGACCCCGACGAAGAUACCUUUAUUGGUCUACUCGAGACCUUCAUGAAGAACGGUCCCAUGUUCUUCUCCUACUCUCUGGACCUCACAAACUCCUUCCAGCGCCAGGCCUCCGCCGACACCUCUCUCCCGCUCUGGCAGCGCACAGACGACCGCUUCUUCUUCAACCGCUUCAUCCAGUCAGACCUGAUCGACUUCCGAACGAGGGGCGCCAGAGGCCAUGUUGGUCCCCAGCCCGGCGUCGACCCCUUCAUCCUCCCCGUCAUCUUUGGCAUGCUCGAGAUCCGCCCCACCACCUUCAAGGGAACCCCCGUCACCGUCACCCUCAUCUCCCGUAGAUCCAGACACCGCGGCGGUACCAGAUACUUCACUCGAGGCGUUGACGACGAGGGCCACGCUGCCAACUACAACGAGACGGAGCAGAUCACCAUCUUCAAUGACUCGGGCAGUGGUAUGGGCGGCUUUGCCGGCAGCAGCGACAUGCAGAGCGGCAAGUACGGCGCCGACGGAAAGGAGACCCAGAUCAUGUCCUACGUCCAGACUCGCGGCAGUGUGCCCACCUACUGGGCCGAGAUCAACAGCCUCCGCUACGUUCCCAAGCUGCAGGUCCGCGGCAUCGAUAGCGCUUUGCCGGCAGCCAAGGCGCAUUUCGAGGAGCAGAUCCGUCUCUACGGCGACAACUACCUCAUCAACCUCGUGAACCAAAAGGGCCGUGAGCAGCGCGUCAAGAAUUCAUACGAGCAAAUGGUUGAGAAGCUCGUAUCGUCACCGAAGGAGCGCACCGAGGGCGACCGCAUCACGGACGAAAAGUUCACCACAAUCCAGCCCGAGAAGCGCGCCGUCGAGUUUGACCGCCUGCACUACAUCUACUUUGACUACCACCACGAGACCAAGGGCAUGAAGAUGCACCGCGCAUACGCCCUCGUCGAGAAGCUGCAGGAGGCUCUCCAAGAUCAGGGCUACUUCCGUGCGGUGGACAUGCCGGGAUCCAACGACGGCCGUCUCGAGCCACGCAGCUACCAGACCAGCGUCAUGCGCACAAACUGCAUGGACUGCCUGGAUCGCACAAACGUGGUGCAGUCCAUGUUUGCUCGCCACAUGUUGGACCGCAUCUUUGAGGAGAUGGGCUUGAUGUCCCGCGGCUCGUCCUUCCGCGACGAAGACCCGGCCUUUGAGCACAUGUUCCGCAACCUCUGGGCCGACAACGCCGACGUUGUGUCCAACUCGUACUCUGGCACCGGAGCCAUGAAGACAGACGUCACCCGCACCGGCAACCGCACAAAGGUAGGCGCUCUUCAGGAUGCCCGCAUCGGCGUCACCCGCUACUUCAAGAACAACUUCUUCGACGGUCCCCGCCAGGACUCGUACGACCUUUUCCUCGGCGUGUUCCUCCCUGGUACCGCAAAUAUUGGAGGCUCCCUCGUCUUUGCCGACCGCCGCCCCAUUCUCAUUCAGUCGGUCCCUUACCUUCUCGCUUUCAGCAUCUUCCUCGUUCUCGUCGGUCUAUUCUCCAAAAGCGAGGCCGUCGUCACCAUCCGUGUCUUCAUCCUCUUCUGGCUCGCCGUCGCCGUCUGGUCUGCCAGCUUUGUCUUUAGCCACGGCAUGCUUUACGUCAACUGGCCCAAGCUCAACCCCAGACCGUGGGCCAACGAGGGCUACGCCGAGCACAUGUCCAAGGCCCGGAAGGAUUCCGUCCUUGGCUCCUUUGUAGCUCGUCACGAGCGCGGCCUCAGCACGGCGAGAUAUCUUCAUGCCGAGGAGGGCAAGAAGAGAGUCGAGUGAGGCUGGUAUUUGGUUGCGGCCCACCUCUCUAUUCGUGGCUCAUAUUGUGUGUAAUCGAGCCGUGUAUCAAAGGGAAGACGGCUUUCUUGGUCCGAGAUUCUACAUUCAUCCCUUUUUGUCACAUUCUUCACCGUAUAAGGUCAUACAGAAACCUUGUUUUAAACUACUUCUUUCCCAAUGCCGAGCCGGGAGUUAUCAGGCAUGGAAUGGACAUGGCAUAGAUGUCGUAGCAAAUUAACG